GAAGAGGCCAACAAUGGCUCUUUACUGCUGCUGUUUGAUCCUCUUAGCAUUUGCCUGGUGCUCUUCUGCCUAUGGGCCUGACCAGCGAGCCCAGAAGAAAGGGGACAUUAUCCUUGGGGGUCUCUUUCCUAUUCAUUUUGGAGUAGCAGCCAAAGAUCAAGAUCUAAAAUCAAGACCAGAGUCGGUGGAAUGUAUCAGGUAUAAUUUCCGUGGCUUUCGCUGGUUACAAGCGAUGAUCUUUGCCAUUGAGGAGAUAAACAGCAGCCCAGCCCUCCUCCCCAACAUGACACUGGGAUACAGGAUUUUCGACACCUGCAAUACCGUUUCCAAGGCCUUGGAGGCCACCCUAAGUUUCGUUGCCCAGAAUAAAAUCGAUUCUUUGAACCUUGACGAGUUCUGCAAUUGUUCCGAGCAUAUCCCCUCUACUAUCGCUGUGGUGGGCGCAACCGGCUCAGGCAUCUCCACGGCCGUGGCGAACUUGCUGGGGCUCUUCUACAUCCCUCAGGUUAGCUAUGCUUCCUCCAGCCGACUCCUCAGCAACAAGAACCAGUUCAAGUCCUUCCUCCGUACGAUCCCCAAUGACGAACACCAGGCCACCGCCAUGGCAGACAUCAUCGAGUAUUUCCGCUGGAACUGGGUGGGUACCAUCGCAGCGGAUGAUGACUAUGGCCGGCCGGGGAUUGAGAAAUUCCGAGAGGAAGCUGAAGAGAGGGACAUCUGCAUUGACUUCAGCGAACUCAUCUCCCAGUACUCUGAUAAAGAAGAGAUCCAGCAGGUCGUGGAGGUGAUCCAGAAUUCCACAGCCAAGGUCAUUGUCGUCUUCUCCAGCGGCCCAGACCUCGAACCUCUCAUCAAAGAAAUCGUCAGGCGCAAUAUCACGGGCAGGAUCUGGCUGGCCAGUGAGGCCUGGGCCAGCUCCUCCUUGAUCGCCAUGCCUGAGUACUUCCAUGUGGUCGGAGGCACGAUUGGCUUUGGUCUGAAGGCAGGGCAGAUCCCGGGGUUCCGGGAAUUCUUGCAGAAAGUGCAUCCCAGGAAGUCUGUCCACAAUGGUUUUGCCAAGGAGUUUUGGGAAGAAACCUUUAACUGCCACCUUCAAGAAGGUGCUAAGGGACCUUUACCUAUGGAACCUUUACUUAAAGAGCGCAAAGAAGAUGGCAGCAGGUUAGGUAAUAGCUCCACUGCCUUCCGACCUCUGUGUACGGGGGAGGAGAACAUUAGCAGCGUGGAGACCCCAUACAUGGAUUACACGCACUUGCGCAUCUCUUACAAUGUCUACCUGGCAGUCUACUCCAUCGCACACGCCCUGCAAGAUAUAUACACAUGCUUACCGGGAAGAGGACUCUUCACCAAUGGGUCCUGUGCAGAUAUCAAGAAAGUUGAAGCCUGGCAGGUACUGAAGCACCUGAGGCACCUGAACUUCACCAACAAUAUGGGGGAGCAGGUGACUUUCGAUGAGUGUGGUGACCUGAUGGGGAACUAUUCCAUCAUCAAUUGGCAUCUCUCUCCAGAGGACGGCUCCAUCAUGUUUAAGGAAGUUGGGUAUUACAACGUCUAUGCCAAGAAGGGAGAACGGCUCUUCAUCAAUGAGGAGAAAAUCCUGUGGAGUGGAUUCUCCAGGGAGGUGCCAUUCUCCAACUGCAGCCGAGACUGCCUGGCAGGAACCAGGAAAGGGAUCAUUGAAGGGGAGCCCACCUGUUGCUUUGAGUGUGUGGAGUGUCCCGAUGGGGAGUACAGUGAUGAGACAGAUGCAAGCGCCUGCGACAAGUGCCCUGAUGACUUCUGGUCCAAUGAGAACCACACAUCCUGCAUUGCCAAGGAGAUCGAGUUUCUGGCAUGGACAGAGCCCUUUGGGAUCGCACUCACCCUCUUUGCUGUGCUGGGCAUCUUCCUGACGGCCUUCGUGCUGGGGGUCUUCAUCAAGUUCCGCAACACGCCCAUCGUCAAGGCCACCAACCGGGAGCUCUCCUACCUUCUGCUCUUCUCGCUGCUCUGCUGCUUCUCCAGCUCCCUGUUCUUCAUCGGGGAGCCCCAGGACUGGACGUGCCGCCUCCGGCAGCCAGCUUUCGGCAUCAGCUUCGUGCUCUGCAUCUCGUGCAUCCUGGUGAAAACCAACCGUGUGCUCCUAGUGUUCGAGGCCAAGAUCCCCACAAGCUUCCACCGCAAGUGGUGGGGUCUCAACCUGCAGUUCCUGCUGGUGUUCCUCUGCACCUUCAUGCAGAUCGUCAUCUGCGUGAUCUGGCUCUACACCGCGCCCCCCUCGAGCUACCGCAACCACGAGCUGGAGGACGAGAUCAUCUUCAUCACCUGCCACGAGGGCUCGCUCAUGGCCCUGGGCUUCCUCAUCGGCUACACCUGCCUGCUGGCCGCCAUCUGCUUCUUCUUCGCCUUCAAGUCCCGGAAGCUGCCGGAGAACUUCAACGAGGCCAAGUUCAUCACGUUCAGCAUGCUCAUCUUCUUCAUCGUCUGGAUCUCCUUCAUCCCGGCCUACGCCAGCACCUACGGCAAGUUCGUCUCGGCCGUGGAGGUGAUCGCUAUCCUGGCGGCCAGCUUCGGCUUGCUGGCCUGCAUCUUCUUCAACAAGGUCUACAUCAUUCUCUUCAAGCCCUCCCGCAACACCAUCGAGGAGGUGCGCUGCAGCACGGCCGCCCACGCCUUCAAGGUGGCCGCCCGGGCCACCCUGCGCCGCAGCAACGUAUCCCGCAAGCGGUCCAACAGCCUGGGCGGCUCCACGGGCUCCACCCCGUCCUCCUCCAUCAGCAGCAAGAGCAACAGCGAAGACCCCUUCCCGCAGCCCGACAGGCACAAGCCCGGCCAGCCACCGGCCUUGACGCAGCCGGGGCAGCCCUUGACCUUGCAACCCCAGCAGCAGACACCCCAACAGCCCAGAUGCAAGCAGAAGGUCAUCUUCGGCAGCGGCACGGUUACCUUCUCGCUGAGCUUCGACGAGCCUCAGAAGAACGCCAUGGCCCCCAGGAACCCCGCACACCUGAACUCCCCGGAGGCCCAGGCAGGCAACGAGACGCUCAGCAGACGUCAGGCCUUGCUCCCCCUUCAGCGCAGGGAGGCGAGCAGCUCAGAACUGACUCGGCAGGAAUCAGACUUCCAAGGGCCUGCAGGUGGGGACCGCCGCCAGCUGGAGACUGAGAGCCCCGAGGAGCUGGCCCCAGCACUGGUAGUGUCCAAUUCUCGGAGCUUUGUCAUCAGUGGUGGAGGCAGCACUGUCACAGAAAACAUACUGAACUCGUAAAAUCCAAGGAAGACCCCGGCCAGCCAGAAUCCAGAGAGGGUUCACCAUGUGAUCACAUUCUCCUUCCGAAAUGAGGAAUCCUGCCCCAGACUCUUUCCUUCCCUCUGAGGAAGA